AUGGAAGUCCCUCAUGCAGGUGAGACGGUACUUGUCGUGCCGGGAUGGCUCGUCUGGUUGGGAGGCCUUGUGGCGCACGGGCCCGUUGCCAUGAGAGAGGUGGUCCUGGGCACAUGUGUGCUCGUUGGCGUGUGGUACUCUGCUCGACGACUGUGGUCCAAGCUUCCGCAGUGGAAGCCAGCUGCAAAACCGGGUCCGUUGCCGGUAUACGGGCCUGCCCAGGCGUCCCUACAACUCGAAGACGUGCUGGUGGCUCUCUCGGACACGAUCAAAGAGAUGCUGCCGCCCAUGCUGGAGACCACGGUCGCGGAGGCAGUGCAAAAAGCGAUGCCACCCAUGGCAGCUUCAAGCUCUGCCGUUGACGGCGGAGAAACACUGCAGGAAUGCCUACCACGUGUCUUGGCGGACGUCCUACCUGCCAUGGUCAUGGAGGCAGUGGCAAAGGCGAUCCCACAGAGCGCUCAAAGUGAUGGCGACGGGACCACGGCGAUCCUAGCUGUGGACACCCUGUCGAUCAAGACCCUCUUCUCCAACUUCACGGACACCAACAAGAAGAACGUUGAGGGGCUCCUCCAGGCCAUACACAAGAGUCAACUGCAGGACCUCAAGAAAGAAUUCGAAACCCUGCAAAACUCUGUCAACCAGAUAGCUUUGGCGGCGGACAAGAAUGCGAUUGCCCGCUUCACCACUUUGGAUGGAGCGAUGAAGAAGGGCUUCCAGAGCUUGGAGCAAGGGCUCGCUGGGCGAGUUGAGGCCUGCGUCGCCAAACUGGAGGGUCUUGCUGACUCGCUGGGAGAUGUGGGCACGAAGCUUGAGAGCCAGUGCCACAAGCUGGAGAAACAGGGCGACCGCAUUGAAAGUAUGCUGCGUGAGAAGCUCACUUCCUUGCAAGCUGAUGUCAAUCGCCUCCUUGGCGAGCUCAAUCAGCAGGGAAGAGACAUGCAGUCCACCAUGCGGCGCAACACGCAGUCCGUGGACUCUGCUGCUCAAGCUGUGGCCUCUAUGGGCGCGGGUUUCUCGGCGCCGCCGCUGGACUCCUCGGGAGUCAAGGAGACGGUCCAGAUCACGCAGAACCUUGCGGUCGGACAGGAAGAAGUCUUGGACAUUCUCCGCACACUACGUGAUCGCCCGGCUCCGACACCUCCUCGAGAUCGCCAGCAAACUCAGGAAGUGCCCCUUGCGACUCCGGUACAGAUGCCAACGUCGCAAAACACGAUGACUGCCUGGGCCCUCGGGGUCCAUGGCGAGAGUGAUUAUCCCGAGUGGCAGACAGAUGUUUGCCCCUGA